UUGACGGAGUCAGAAUACCGAGGAAUUUUUGGGACAUAUUCAACAGUUAGUUUCUCGAAAAAAAUAUCUUUUUUUAUAGAAAUCUUAAUUUUUCAGCCAGUCAACUACUAUGUUUUUUGUUUAUUUGAUAUACCAAAUUUGCGAAUAUCUGCGGUUACGUUGUAUGGUUUGAAACAGCAUUUGCCAAACACGUUAAUCGAGGCUAUCAUUAAAUCAUACAGUUCAAAUCCAAAACAUACAUUCGAAAUGGUGAAACAAUUAAUCAAAGAUGUUGCUGAAGGAAAAAUGUCGAAAAGAGGAGAUAUGACAGAAAGAACAAAAGUAUGUGUCGAAAAAUUCAGAAAAACAUAAUCUAUAGUUAUGGUUUCAGGUAUUUGAAAGUAUGGAAAAGGAAGAGCGAUUGAAAUACUUCUUGAGCAAAAAAAUUAACUCCUCGAUUGGUAUUGAAUACGUAUUUAGAAAUGAAGCGAUUGAGGGAGAAUUAGAAGAUUUUUUAAAAGUGAGUUUGACAACACACGAUUGUCCUAUUUUGAAAAAUAUGACUCGUUUCAGAAAUUUGAAAAAAUUAUCCUGGAGAACCACUAUUCGAGACCUAGAGGAUAUUCGAAAUAA